AUGAGUCAAAAAACCGAGGCGGCCACGUACACCCACGGGCACCAUGCGUCUGUGCUGCGAUCACAUACGUGGCGUACAGCUCUAAACUCCGCCAGCUAUUUGCUACCUCACAUUAAACCGGACAUGACCAUUCUGGAUAUCGGCUGUGGGCCAGGAACAAUAACUGUCGAUCUGGCGGGCUAUGUUCCCAAGGGGCGGGUGAUAGGCUUGGAGCGUGCUGCAAAAGUACUCGACCAAGCACGAGCUCUUGCGGCCGACAAGGGCGUUGACAACAUCCAGUUUGUAGAGGGCGAUGCCAACUCUCUUAGCUACCCGGAUAACACAUUCGAUAUCGUGUUUUGUCACCAAGUACUGCAGCAUGUCAAUGAUCCCGUUGGCAUCUUGCGCGAAAUGCGGCGAGUUGCCAAGCCUGGCGGUAUAGUUGCCGCCCGCGAAUCCGACUAUGGAGCGUUUACGUGGUACCCAGAAGUCGCAGGCAUGAAGGAGUGGCAGUCUCUCUAUAGGAAACUGGCAACUCAUAACGGAGGCGAGCCAGACGCAGGGAGAAUGGUGCAUGUUUGGGCCAAGCAAGCGGGCUUUGUCGCUGAUUCAAUCACAUCCAGUGUCAGUUCAUGGUGCUACAGUAACAAAGAGGAAGUGGCAUGGUGGAGUGGGUUAUGGGCAGAGCGAACAGUUGCAUCUUCUUUUGCAGACACUGCCAUUGAGUCAAAUAUUGCUUCAAAAGAGCAGCUUGCAGAAGUUGCGAAGACCUGGCAGAAAUGGGGCGGCGAAGAAGACGCAUGGUUCUCAGUGCCAAGCGGCGAAAUAUUGUGCAUAAAGUAG